CGGGGCAAGGCCUUCCUCCAACCCUCCUCCUCUGCGUCGCUUCUCCUACCGCGAGCUACAGCAGGCAGCAGGGUAUUUCAACGCAUCCCUGCAGCUGGGAAAGGGCAGGUGGACGAGUGGCUGGGAGAGCUGCCACGUGGCAGCAAGAGAGAGGUGGCGGUGAAGGUGCUUCACACUGAGAGCGUCAAGGCGUUUGAUGACUGCCUGGCGGAGAUCCUAGUGCUGGGCGACCUGAGACACCCCAACCUGGUGCAGCUGCUGGGGUACUGCAUGGAGGACAGCCGGGCGAUUCUUGUGUAUGAGCUGGUGGAGAGAGGGGACCUGCACCACUGGCUACAUCCCAACGGCCGUAUGGUGCCAGGCUGCAUGGUGCCAGGCUGCAUGGUGCCAGGCCGUAUGGUGCUGGGCCACAUGGCCAGUCAUGCCGAGGUGAGUGAUGCACUCAUUGGGACACAAUCGGGAUGCAUGGUGCUGGGCGGCACGGUGCUGGGCGGCAUGGUGCUGGGAUGCAUGGUGCUGGGCGGCAUGGUGCUGGGCGGCAUGGUGCUGGGCGGCGUGGUGCUGGGCGGCAUGGUGCUGUGA